GUAGGUAUGUGUAGCUCAACGCGCAGGUUCAACAGCUCUCACAGUCUUCACAGCGACUCAGCAGAAGCAUAAGGGGAACGUUUGAGGACACUUGACAGCUUUCAGAGACUGCUAUGACAUCUCGCAGGUGGUUCCACCCCAACAUCACCGGAAUCGAAGCAGAGCAGCUCCUGUUGACCCGGGGAGUCCACGGCAGUUUCCUGGCCCGGCCCAGCAAGAGCAAUCCGGGGGAUUUUACCCUCUCUGUUAGGCGGAACGAUGAGGUGACCCACAUUAAGAUCCAGAACUCGGGCGACUACUACGACCUGUACGGAGGCGAGAAGUUUGCCACACUGGCCGAGCUGGUGCAGUAUUACACCGAGCAACAGGACCUCCUGCGUGAGAGGAACGGCCAUGUCAUCGAGCUCAAGUAUCCACUCAACUGCAAGGACCCCACCUCUGAGAGGUGGUACCAUGGGCACCUCUCUGGGCGAGAUGCAGAGAAACUGCUCACAGACAAAGGCAAAGCCGGCAGUUUCCUGGUACGGGAGAGCCAGAGUAAACCGGGCGACUUCGUCCUUUCGGUUCUCACCAAUGAAGAGAAACACGAGAAUGUGGACCGCAAGACCAAGGUCACCCAUGUUAUGAUACGCUACCAGGAUGGUAAAUACGACGUGGGUGGUGGUGAGAGGUUCGACACCCUGGCUGACCUGGUGGAUCACUAUAAGAAGAACCCCAUGGUGGAGAAAAGUGGCAUUGUAGUGCACCUCAAACAGCCCUUUAAUGCCACAAGGAUAAAUGCAGCCAACAUUGAGAAUCGGGUACGAGAGCUCAACAAAGUAGCAGACAACUCCGAGAAACCCAAACAAGGAUUCUGGGAAGAAUUUGAGGUACUUCAGCAGCAGGAGUGCAAACUGCUGUAUCCCCGGAAAGAAGGCCAGAAGCCAGAAAACAAGAGUAAAAACAGAUACAAGAAUAUCCUCCCCUUUGACACAACACGGGUUGAAAUCAGGGAAGCAGAUCCAGAUGUUCCUGGUUCAGACUACAUCAAUGCCAACUACAUCAGAAGUAUGCAUGAAGAGGGGCGCCAUGUGGACGAGGGCAAAGUCUUCAUCGCCACCCAAGGGUGCCUACAGAAUACAGUCAUUGACUUCUGGAAGAUGGUGUAUCAGGAGAAUACACACGUCAUCGUCAUGACCACGAAGGAGGUGGAACGAGGACGGAAUAAAUGUGUCCGUUACUGGCCCGACCUCCAUGGCACAAAGGAGUUUGGGAAGGUGCUGGUAAGAAACGUGGACGAGCGUCCAGCGCAAGACUACAUCCUGAGGAAGCUGGAGGUGACCCGUCUGGACCGGAAGGAGCCUCUGAGGUACAUUUGGCACUAUCAGUACCUAAGCUGGCCGGACCACGGGGUGCCCAACGAGCCCGGCGGCGUCCUCUGGUUCCUAGAGGAAGUCAAUCGCACCCAGAGUACCAUUCCAGACACUGGACCCAUUGUCGUCCACUGCAGUUUCAGCGGAGGUGUCGCUUCGUCAGCGCCUGAAAAAGCCUCGGGGUAGGAGGGAGCAUGUUGCUCUGAAUACACCCCACACCAGUGGACCCUGCCUGGACUGAAGGUGGCGAGCUGAUGACCCCUCCCCUGCUGCCGUCCUGCUGGACCUCUGUCUGGAGUCAAACCUUACCCUCUGUAGAGAGGGUGUAGAGGACUCUACAGCAUAGCGCUCUCACUCAGGACCCUUGUCCUCAACCCUCUUUCUCCCCCCACCGCUGCAGCCUCUCCCUCUCUCAACCAGUGCAAGUGCCUUGUCACAGGAUGUGUCUGUAAUCUAGCCUCCCAAAACUUGCUGUUACAUCUCUACUGUUACUACUUUUCCAAAGCUUUGGAAGUUUUCCUUGGGGUAACAGACAAUAAACGUGGAGUCUGCCCCCGCCUGAACUAAACAGAACUGUACGGGACCCAAGAAGAGGUCAAAGCUAAGCUGUUUGUCCACUCGUUGCCAGAAAUCAAUCUGUUCACUAUCCCUCUUCUCUGUCUUUGCUGGCGUGCAUUCGGACUUGAACUUAAGACUGUUUUAGUGGUCUUCUGUCUCUCCAGCUGUGGUAGUUGUUAAUGUGGCUGCUGAGUGAUAGCAUGGGCAGUUACAUAACUUGCUGCAGGACCCUGGGUCACAGGGAGGGCAAGCAAACCCUCUUCUUUAACAAAUUUUGAAAUAUUAAUUUUGAGUAAAUGUGUGGGUUUGUUUUCUUCUUUUUUUGUCUGUCAGCUUGUUUUCAUCAUUUCUUUGUGUUUUGUUGAUACUGUUGGUAUCAUGGUUGUGUAACAUAUGAGAUGUUGAUUUUAUUAUAUGUAUGUGUGUGUUGACACAUAUGUAUACACACACACACACACACAUAAUUAUACACACAUAUAUAUUUAUAUUUAUUUAUAUAUGUUGUCAUGUUUAAGCAUGGUUGUCUGCGCAGCAUCCCCAGUACUAAUUUUGAUUUACCAGUAGAUAGUAAUAGUAGUUUAAAGUCCAUAUUUGACAGGAAAUGGGUGGAGAGGAUUCCUGAAUGGGUGGUUGGCGUUGAGCUUGGCUGACCGCCGCAUCUCAGCUCCGUUCGACUGGCUGUCCUCGUUAAUCAGCGGGUCUGAUGCAGUUCAACAUCUGUCGGAGGAGAUCGUCACAAGGAGACAAGGGAAAGGGGGACGAUUACAGUGGGCCAGAUGGCCAUCUGCCUGAGAUUGAAGAAUAGAUUUGUCUCCAAAAAGUAAUUUAGAAGAUGGCCAUAAUCCAGGCUUGAUGAUAGCGGGGCGAGUAAGCCGGCAUCAUUGAUGUGAUAAGGAAGACGGUGGUGGCGCAGAGCACCAAACCCUCUGCGCUGUCUGGCAGAUUGUUCACUAUUUUUAGCCUCCAGGAUCAGCACCAAAAUAUCCCACUCAAACACAAGUGCAGAUAUGUUGAUGAAAUCUGACCUAGCUUGUUAAAAAUGUAGCAACUUAAUGGCCCUGAACACCUUAACAAAAGUCUCACAAUAGGAAGAUGUCAUGAUACUACUCUUUAUUUUAUUUUAAGGCAUCAGAAUAAACCAUGAAUGAACGGCACUUGUGCUCAGACCAUUCCUCUUUCUCCACCAACAGAAAUGUUGGACUAACCAGGUCAAGGACACUCGCAGGCUGGACUCACCUUGUUGUCUUCAGUCAUAAAUUGGCCAGUUUCUGCAGCUGCAGCGCGUGAUUUAAAGUACAGCUAAUCAAAAUGUACUGGAGUAAUAGUACUCUAAACCGAUCUGAUACUGUUGACCUUGUGGAAAAUAUUAAAAUACAAUAACAAUACAACCUGCAGCAGCCAUAUCAUCCUGUCUGACAGCUGAGUUCUGUCUUUUAAAGGCUUAAAAGAGCACAUAGUGGUUUUAUUAAGGUCUCAGUACAUCAGUUGAAGCUUCGUCUGUCUACUGAUUUCAGUCACUUGUCUGUCUGUGUGGAGAGAUUUCCCAGAGAGUAUAAGUUGUUGCCAAUGUAUUUUAAUGGCUAAUUGUUUAUGUGAAUAGAAGCUAUGUUUUAUGAAAUGAGUGGCAUUGAUGCCCUGUGUCAGUGAAGGCCCAUGUCUGUUAGAUAAAUGCUGCACCACUCGAUGUACUUCAGUUGAAUUUGAAUGUUUGAAUCCCUCUGGGGCUUUUUUCUCUUUUGUUCUUUUCCCAUCUGAACUGUCCGAUGAUUGAGAAAUGACUUUUGUGGGUUUUGUUUCUUGCGCUGUGGAUAAUUUAGAUUUUUAUUGUAUUUUACUUUGUCUCUAUGGGUCAGAUUUUUUUUAUGAUAUGAUGAAACAUCAAUACUUGAAAGUGUGAAACUGCUGAAUCUUUGGCCUCAGGCUGUGUGUGGAUGUCCCUUGGCUGUGGAAGUAUUUUUGGUAGUGUACUAGAUUUUUGCCAUCAGUGUUGGGGUUUUUUGUUUUUUGUCCUGUUGUUUCAUUUUGCUGAUAUGUUUCAAAUUGUAUUUCUAAUUGAUUGUUUUAUCCACUCUUGCAUUUUGUAUUGUGUCUGAAUUAUUAUUACUAUUAUUAUUGGUGUAAUUUCACCAGCGAUAAGUAAAUUCUGGCUCUGAGUUGAACCAGUGUACACGGAGGUAUGCAGUAGUAACACGGUAUUUUUCUUUCUGCUUGUCCUCUUUCAUUUACUUGAACAUUAUGUUGAUGUCUUUUUGUUUUGAUUCCUUGUUCCUCCGUUGCUAACAGUAUGCCUGAAGUGAGUCGUGGUGUACUGAUUGCUCCCAUGUUGUUUCCUCUUCUUGCACUGGCUUUGCCCAGAUGCCUUUUCGCUGUAUAGGCUACAACUGCUGAUGCAAUGAGCUGCCAGAAAUGGCGUCAAAAUGGUUUAUUAUCAUAUACAGUUUAAUAAAAAUCUAUGUUGGCACUAUGUAAAGUUA